AUGACUUCGACAACCAACAUCCUCAUUACGGGGACCAGGAAGGGCUGCGGGCUGGGCCUACUCAAAGGCUAUGCCGCCCUUGACAACCACACGAUCGUCGCAGCAAUCAACUAUGCACCGGAGUCAGGAGAAGCCAAAACCAUGCUCGCUGCCCUCACUCUUGGUACCAACACCACCGUCAUCCCAGUCGCCUACGACGCCGCCUCGCCCACAUCAGCAGCCACCAUGGUCCGAAAUUUACCCUCCACAUUCAACCACAUCGAUAUCCUAAUCGCCAACGCCGCCUUUAACCGCGCCAAUCUAGCCAAAGACCAAGGCCUUGACGAACUAGAAGUGCUCCUCAAGACCAAUGCUCUUGGUCCCCUGGCCCUUUAUCAGGCGACCCGUGACCUUCUCGAAGCCGCGUCCAAACCAAGGUACAUCUACAUCUCCACUCUCGCAGCGUCCAUGGCCGAGAGCCCACAACUGCCAAUCCCACUCACCGCCGUUAGCAUGAGCAAGGCAGCGGGCAAUGCGUUUGUGGUUCAAGCGAACAAGGAGGAGAAGAAAAUUGUGCUGGUGACCAUGAACCCGGGUUGGGUGCAGAGUGAGAGCGGGAAUAUGGUGGCGAAUAUGUUAGGUAUGGAGAAAGCGCCGACUGAGAUGGGGUGGUUCGUGGAAAAGGUUAUGCGGACGAUUGACGGGAUGACGAAGCAAAAUUCGGGUGGCAGAUUUAUCAAUGCAAAGGGAGAGGCUGUGCCUUGGUGA